UUUGGAUAGUAUAUGGCUACAGAAGCUCCUUCGUUGCCGGUGAUUGAAGAAGAAGAGAUAGACGAUGAGUUCUAUGAGAAGAUCGAAGCGCCCAAGUUCGUGGACUUCACCGCACCGGAGAUCCGUCGUUCUCAUGAUGACCGUUACUGGUUCUGCCUGCGUGUUGGAUGUGACCGAAAUCAUGAAGACGAGUUGGACUCUGAAGCAAUCUACAAGAAUUUUGUCCUUCGGGUUAUGGCAGCCAGAAGUCCCAAUGUCCGCCUCAGAAAAGCAAUGAACAAAAGAGGAGCAAGUGCAAAUCUGAAAUGCCCACACACAGCUCCCGCUAAAUCUUCGAAGCCAAGGGUUUCGCGAUUGGCUUUGAUCUCGUCACUUUCAAAAAAGAUUGUUGAUGACAAAGCAAGAACUAGGCCUCCUUCUAAGGCUCAUGCAACCCCAAAAAUUGCUACGGUAAAGCAAUCAUCUGCUACGGCUAAGGCUUUUACAACUCCCAGGAAUCAGAAGAAAAGUUCGAAUCUUGCUCAGUUCAGAACUGUUCAAAGCAAAAAAGCUUUGAAUGUGGAUGUGCCUAAAAACAGAGUUAUAGCUAAAACUCUUGUAUUUCACUCGCCGAAAAAAGUAGUGAAGCUCAAGAGCUCUGUAGAACUGAAAAAGACACCCAUGAAAUCACUGUGUUCAGCAAUGAAGAAGCUUGAGAUUGAUAGCGUAAAGAAGAAGAACGAAGGAGCUUCAAGAAGGAAAAUCAAGGGACGUGAGGUUAAGAGCCGGGUGUUUGAUUCUUUAUAUCCUAACAGAUGUUUGAAAGAGGAAAAGAAACUAAAGGGUCCUUCUCACAUUCAUGAAGGAAAAGCCACCCAUGAUAAUGGUGAUUCUAGUGACAUGGAGAUUGAUGGGAAAUCAAGAGAUGGAUCUCUUGAAAUAUGUCAUGAAUCAUCAGCUUCAGAAGGGGCAGAAAAGAAGAGUUGCGAAGAAAAUGACGAGAAGAGAGGGAAAAUCCCGGAAGCAACAAAGAGAAACGACAAUAAAGAGAAUUGUGUGGUGUGUGAUGAUGAUAAUAAAGAAAAUGAGGGGGAACUCAAUGAAAAUGAUGAUAGGGAAAAUGUUUCAGCCCCUGAUGAGAACAGAAAGCUGGCUAUUAAUCAUGACAACCUUGAAAAGCCCAAGAAUGAAGAGACGAGGAAAACGCAGAAGAAACCUACGUCUAAUGCAACAACUGGGUCUCAAGUUGUGAAAUACAAAAAGUUAAAGCCAACGAAUCCCAAGCCUUUUAAGCUGAGAACAGAUGAAAGAGGAAUUCUAAAAGAAGCUAACUUGGAGAAGAAACCUCUCUCACCCUUGAAAGAAACCGCUACUAAAGGAGGCAACACAAUGAGGAAACAUCACGAUUUAAAUCAGAAGAAGGAACAAGACCCUGAUAAUAACAGUUGCGAAGACGGAACAGACCAUGCAACUGAAGAAGAUAAAUCUGUAAGCAUUCAAUGUUCUGUCCAUGGAAACUCCAAGAUGAAAGUGAACAGACUAUAUGCCACUCCACAAAGAAGUACUGGUCCUAAACUUCAGAAACCUGUUGAUAUGGCUGAACGGCCAAAACGACAAGAUAAAGCAGCUCAAAAAUUGGAUGACAAGUUUAAAAGAAAAUCCCACAUGACGCAGCCCACGCUAGUUGUAAGGCCUAGAAGUGCUUUGUCGAGGAAGAAAGAGAAUGGUCUUGUUGUAACACCUGAUAAGAAGCAACUUAGUGUAAUUGAUGAAAAGUCAUCCUAUUUACAGCCCAAGGAAGAAACAGUAAAGGCUUGUAAUAACGGCGAUUCGUCUAUAAGAAAAGCUUACAGUGCCAAUUCCAGGUCUCGUUCAAGACCAAAAAAGGCUAUAACCAUUCCAAAGGAACCAAACUUUCAGAGUCUUCAUGUGCCAAAGAGCUGCACAAAAAAAUUGACUUGAGAAUUUUUUUUUACACCAUUUCAUUUGGCCCACUUUUCUGGCUGUUUGUGUGUCUAAUGUUCAAUAACAUCAUUGAAUUCAUGAUAGUGGCUUUCUGAAGAUUGUUCUGGGGCCAUCUUAUACUGAGGCGUAGGCAAAUUUGUUGAUUCAGAUACAUCUUUGUUGUAACAGUUGAUUCAUUUGUAAUUGUUUGUUGUGUUUAUUUAUGAUAUAACUUUAGAUGUAGGUCUGAUUUUUUCCACUGCAUUGUGUACUUCUGAAACAGAAAGAAUAUAAGUAAAUUUUGAGCGUUCUAAGUUAAAAUUGAGGCUAUUUAUGGAAAAAAGCAGGGAAGCACUUUGUGCCCAUGUACCAUUUUUUAAUAGAAUCAUCAUGAAAAUAACAAAUGAAAGUUGUCAGCAUUUAGCCCUAGCAACUU